GUUUGCUUGAGCUUCGGGUCUUCUUCUUCUCCUUUUCUUUUCUGGCAGCAGUGAGUAUUUAAGGUGUUUCCUUUUUCUCUUCUUCUGUCAAGCGUUCGGCGAGUGGAUCGGCAGAGAGAAAGGGAGGGCGGAGCAUAAUUGUACGGACGAAGUCGCACAGAAGAUGAAGAUUUUCGUCAAGACUUUGAAGGGAACUCACUUCGAGAUCGAAGUGAAGCCUGAAGACACUGUGGAUGAUGUGAAGAAGAACAUAGAAUCAGUUCAUGGCCCAGAUGUUUAUCCUGCUGGACAACAAAUGCUUAUCCACCAGGGGAAAGUUCUGAAAGAUGCAACAACAUUGGAUGAAAAUAAAGUGUCUGAAAAUAGUUUUCUUGUCAUUAUGUUGACCAAGAACAAGGGCUCAUCUGCUGGAGCUUCAACAGUAUCAGCUGCACCCGUAAGCCAGGCCCCACAAACAACCUCUUCCCCUCCUACAGCAACUUCCCAAGUUACGCCAGCAACCUCAGCUCCGUCACCAUCAGUUCCUCCACCUGCACCUACCCCUGUCACAGCUACCCCUGCUUCUACUACUGUCCCUGCUGGCACAACAGAUGUCUAUGGCCAAGCUGCAUCAAAUCUUGUUGCAGGAAGUAACUUUGAGGAAGCUAUUAAGCAAAUACUUGAUAUGGGUGGUGGGAGUUGGGACAGAGAUACUGUUGUCCGUGCUCUACGUGCUGCUUACAACAACCCAGAGAGGGCUGUUGAAUAUUUGUAUUCUGGCAUCCCUGAGCAGGCAGAUGUUCCUCUUGUGGCUCGGCCUCCUGCCAGUGGUCAAGCUGUAAACCCUCCAGCACAGGCUCCACAACCAGCACAGCCAGCUGUUCCUUCCUCUGGACCCAAUGCAAAUCCUUUGGAUCUAUUUCCACAGGGCCUUCCCAAUGUGGGUGCUACUGCUGGUACAGGGACAUUGGAUUUUCUACGCAACAGUCCACAGUUCCAAGCUUUGCGAGGUAUGGUGCAGGCGAAUCCCCAAAUCCUGCAGCCUAUGCUUCAAGAGCUAGGGAAGCAGAAUCCACACCUAAUGAGGCUUAUUCAAGAGCAUCAGGCUGAUUUCCUCCGCUUGAUCAAUGAACCUGUUGAAGGAGAGGGGAAUCUAUUUGGACAGAUGGCCCCAGCAACUGUGCAAGUCACUCCUGAGGAGCGUGAAGCCAUUGAACGUCUUGAGGCAAUGGGCUUUGAUCGAGCACUUGUACUGGAGGUAUUCUUUGCUUGCAACAAGAACGAGGAGCUGGCUGCCAACUAUCUUUUAGAUCAUAUCCAUGAGUUUGAGGAAUGAGGCAAGGGUAAAUAAAAAUGGGUUUUUCCUUCAUUUUUUUUUCUUUUAAACUUUUUUUUCCCCUUUUCUUCCUGUGUCCCUGGUGGUACAAGUCUGUAAUGUGGAGAAUGUGGUAGUUUUUCUUUUCUUUGGUAUUUCUUUUUUUUUCUCCAUUUGAAGAGUUAUUACAAUAUUUAUAUACAUGGAUGGGAAUGAGUAACUGUGUAUAAUGUUUUCACAAAAGUUCGUCGGGUAAUGUUGCAUUUGGAUCAUUUUGGCA